CCCAAGCUAUCUGUACACUGUCAGUAGGCAAGCGGAAUAUAUAACCGUCAAAACUGCUAUUCUCACAUAGUAGCGCGCCUUUUUGCUCCCCGAGACCCUAUCCAAAAUCGUGUAUAGCAGGCUGCCUAGCGUUCGACAUUUUGCCGUUAUAGCAAGCCUCUCGCCCAAGCGCAUGAAGAAGUAUCCUUUUCAUAUAUACACGGGGUGCCUUGGAAGAGUAUAAGCUUUAGGAAAUGUCGGCGGGGCCAGGAAAGACUCCGCCGCGGUUGAUCCAAGACCUCCUCAACUUCGAUCCGCGCAGACCGCUUCGUUCCGGACGUAAUGUACUUAUAGACUCACCGCCGCAGUUUCAGGAAGGACAGCCUCUCCCCGACGAAAUCCCCAAAGAAAGUUGCCGCCACAGUUUUGUAACCAAAUACGAACAGAGCGUUCUGCCGCCGGUCGGCGCCUCUGUCGAACCGUUCAAUUUCUACAAGCUUGGUGCUUUCUGUCAAUACUGCCGAUGCCAUGUUGAUCUCGUUAUCGACCUCCGCGGUCAUGGCGCUGGCUCCCCCUGCCCAACAAGAAGCGCUCCGCUUCACCAUCUGCAAUACAAGCCAGAGUUGUCCACGGCGGCAAAGCAGGAACCAUUGGGGCAUGGUGAUGAGUACGUUGAUUUUGUCGAGCAUGCUUUCGAGUGCUCAAUUCCGACUUGCGCAGCUGGAGUGCGCAUUUGCAUGAAGAGGCCUAGGCUAUCCCCAGACUUUGUUCGGAUGUUGACCGAUCCAAAUGUUAUCCGGGAGAGAGCAGAAUCGGCGAUAAACAGCGAUCCAGAGCGUAUGCACGGUCAGACUGUGCCUACUCCGAUAGAAGUUAUGACCAAUCUCAGACAAUAUAUCAAUGAUUCGACGACCCGCCCGGAGAACACUAAGAUCCCAUCACUUAACAAACGGUUCAUGACCUCUAUUGGAGAGUCAUGUCAAGACUUACUCGAGUAUCUCGGAUUUUCGCGAGCGGAGGACUAUACUGGGUGGAUAUUGCCUCGGCCCGAUCGAUCAUCAGAAACUCCCUACAAAGAUCCGCUUAGGCUUUUGUUGGAUGAUGUCGAGAAGGAGCUCUUGGUACUUAUUAGCCUUCGUCCGGCGGAGGAGAAGAGGGGCCGUCACGUACCAUUCCUUCCUCCGCCGUCUCUAAGAGAUAUCGAAGGCUUGUUGGGAUCGUUGGACUAUGACAAGACCCCGUCUGCUCGGCGGACCGUUGACCUGACGGUUGCUGAGCAUCCGUUUUAUGCCAGUCUCGGCACUGUAUCUGAUUUCUCUGACGGACUACUUAUCUAUGCUUUCGACCGCCAAAUUUGGUGUGAUCGUGUAAACGCUCCCUAUUACCUAGAGUGCCUUGAAGGACUUUCACAAGCGAGACGCAGUGAGGCACUGCAGACCAAAGUUGCCGUAAUGGAGUCACAGGGCGAAAUCAGCCGUAAAGAAAUCCGUCAAGCUUAUUCCUUCUUCAAUUUGGACCCCAGUGCGAUGGAGUUGGAUGACGAUCUCAUCAUCGGAACCUUCCAGGCCCGGAUCCAGGAUGCUCCACGACAAGAUGAAGAAGCGAGAAGGUUGCUGAAGGUCAUUGCACAAGAUAGAAACAGCCGUAGGAUUCAACAAGUGGCUUCUGAAACCGUCACGACUUACCAGCAAGCCCUCGCUUGGUUGGGAGCAGAAGAGAGCACACCGGAUGACUUCAUCGUUACCAUGUUUACAUUGAAGGCCAACGAGAGCGACUCGGGCGUAGAGACCGGCCGUCAAGCCAUAUCACUCAUUGCAGAGAAGCGAAAUAGUCAAGCUCUGAGAAGCUGGCUGAUGACUGGAGAGCUCGGAGAGGUUGAAAUGGAUGUUGGCCAAGCGUACAACAGGCUUGGAAUUUCCGAUCGUACCAUCGAUGAUGACAUGAUUAUGACUGCGUACCAAAUUCACGCUGAUGAAGCAAAAUCUCAAAUUCCGGAGCUGAGGAAAGCAUUAAUUGCGAUUGCAAAGUCCAAGGGAAGCCGCCGGCUUGAUGAGUUUCUCGGCAUUUCUCCCAUCCCUGCUGAUGACGCCUCAAAUAAUUGGCCGGUGGGACUGGAGAACAUUGGCAAUACAUGCUAUCUAAAUAGUCUUUUGCAGUUCUAUUUUACCGUUCGUCCCUUGCGGGACCUCGUUCUCAACAUUGAGCAGUAUGAGACCGACCAGAGUCCUGAAAUGAUCAGCAAGAAGCGCGUGGGUUCAAGAAGAGUGAGCCUCAGAGAGGUUGUACGGGCGCAAAAGUUCGCGCACGAACUUCGAAAGCUCUUCCAAAAUAUGAUUACUGCACGGGCUGCAGCUAUCCUACCAGAGCAUGAACUGGCCCGACUCACUCUUAUCAGCUCCUCCCAUGAAGAAGCAUUUCGCAGAAUGUCCAUGGCCAGCAGGGAUACGCGUCCUUCUCUCGGUGAGCUUGAUAGAGCACCAGUGUUUGGGCCUCUUGGACCGCCACAUCAGCAUGCCGAAGCUAUGGAGGUAGACGAGAGCCUAUCCGCUAUGAAUUCUUUACCAGAACCAAACGGUGAUGGUGGCAGCGAGAGUACCGUAGUCGGCACACCAAAAGCAGCUGAUAAUACUGAUGAAGAUUUUGCCAUGAUCGAUUCUGAUGAAAUGGAGCGACAGAAGAGAGCUGUGGAAGACAAGGAGAACCUAUCUCCCACCAAAGAACUACCUUCGUCUUAUGACGCUCAUUCACACCAAAGACCCCUCAGGGACUCGUCACCUUCAAAGGUCAACGAGCAAGGCCGUUCGGUGCCAUGGCCCAACGAGAACGACCCAGCAAUGGCUAACGGAGCUCCUCUAACACCGCCGCCCGAAAACCAAGCCCCUCCCCUCCGGCCACCGCCGAUACCACCCCGACCAAAACCGCAGGAAAAAUCACAAGAGGAAAGGCAAGCGAUUAAAGAUGAGGUGGAAAUUGGCGCUCAACAGGAUGUCACAGAAGUCAUUGCAAAUGUCAUGUUCCAAUUGCAAUGUGCAAUUAAACCGGAGAGCAUUGAUACUGAUGGGGAGCAAAUUGAUACCAUCAAGAGGCUAUUUUAUGGGAAGGCAAAGACAUACACAAAGAAGGGUAGGAAGUUUGAUGUGAAGGAGGAAUUUUUUUCAGAUAUCAAAGUUGAUGUGGCUUCUGGGCCUCGUGAUAUCUAUUCGGCUCUUGAUGGUGCUUUUGAUGUUCAGCAGGUCGAUGUGGAGGAUAGUAUUACGCCACAGUAUGCGACGAUCAGCGUCCUGCCGCCAAUUUUGCAGAUCCAGGUCCAACGUGUCCAAUUUGAUCCGGUCAAGAAGACGGCGUAUAAGUCAAAUUCUCACCUCCAGCUUGAGGAGACUAUCUUCCUCGAUCGAUACAUGGAUUCGGACAAUGUCAAGUUGUUUCAGAGACGGGAGGAGGUAUGGAGAUGGAAAGCAGAGCUUAGCAAAUUAGAGGCUCGAAAGGCUGUGCUUACUAAAACCGAUCUGGGCAUCGAACUUACGGAAGCGCUUCAGCUUACCAACGAAUACUUGACCAACCUCCAAUCGGGCAGCGAAGAGGAGACUGUCCCGGUUCAUUCCGACUUACCCCGUGCUCUUGAGGACCGGGCGGCUGCCAUCCAACAAGAGCUUACCUCUAUGGAACAGAGAUCCAAGGAUCUCCGAACCCAGAUCAGCAGCCAGUACACCGACCUGCGCAAACUCCGCUACCGCCUCCAUUCUGUUUUCAUCCACCGUGGCUCCGUUUCCUUUGGCCACUAUUGGAUCUACAUUUACGACUUCAAGCAACAACUUUGGCGCAAAUACAAUGACGGCUACGUUACAGAGGUCAAGGACCCCAAGGAAAUCUUCUAUCAGGAGUCACAGAACCCUGCCACACCGUACUUCCUUGUAUAUGUCCGCGACGAAGACAAAGAUGACCUAGUUGAUGCCGUUUGUAGAGAUGUCCCGCCGCAACAGUCGGAGCGGGCCAACAGUGACGAGGGAGGAACUAUGCACAUGGAGGACGUCAGACAUGACUAUGAGCAUACCGGCGGAAGUAGCAGCGCCGUUACGACGACUCCGACGCAGCCCGAAAUGAUGGAGGUGCCAAAUUGGGGUGGCGCAAGAGCCGGCCCAGAUGAAGAAGAACAAGAUGACCUCAUGAUUUCGGAAUCACCAGGCGGAUCAUCAGGUUGGAAAGCAAUCAAUAAUUCCUCGACAGGUGCGAAUCUCCCGCGGGACGGAUCAGCUCUUGCUGCGUCUUAUGCUUCCCCUUACCCCACUGCCUUCAAAUACCCCCCUUUCUUUGACGACGAGCAAUUCCUGCACAAACCUGGCGCUGGUGCUUUCAAUAAGAAGCCGUUCCCGAAGAAACCUGCUUGGGAUAGUCUCAAUAACGUUGAAGGAGCUGAUGACCCUAACCUUUGGUAAAUAAGCAGGUUGAUUUUGAUUUUGAUUUGAGUUGAGCUGCAUUCAUCUGGAAUGACUUAUGACUUUCAAUCUCUCCUUUCUCAAUGUUUUUCUUGCGUCUUUUUCUCAAUUGCGAGAAUGUUUAAGCAAGCGAAGCGGGUGUGCAUGCAGAAGCGGAAGAAGCGGAAGCCAGCUACGGUCACAAGCUUUUCACUUUGCCUUUUCAAGUUAUCAUU